AUGAUUGAUUAUAAUAUUGAUAAAUUAAGAGUUGAAUUAUAUCAAUCAUGUCAAAAAUUAUCAAAUAUUAAUUUGUUUGAAUCGGCUAAAUGGGCUGCUGAAGCUUUAAAUGGAUUAAUUAAUCAAAACACUCAAUUUGUUUAUCCUCAACAAUCUAUAAAUCAAGAAGAUUUAUUGGAUCAAGAACGAUUAAUAUUGGCCAAAAGUUACUUUAAUUGUAAAGAAUUUGAACGUGCUGCUAAUGUUUUAAAAAAUUGUACAAGUGGUGAUGCUGUAUUUUUAAAAUUAUAUUCAACGCUAAUUGCAAUUGAUAAACAUUCUACAGAAGAUACAAAUGGAUCCCUUAAUACAAGUGUUGUUAACGAAAAUAAUGAGACAAAGAAUUACAAUAACGCAUCAAAUUAUUCUAAUUUAAAUGAUUCCGAAUAUUCAAAAAUUGAAAGCACUAAAGAUAAAGUUAACUCAUUAAAUGCAAAACUUUCAAAAAUUCUUAUUGAGUCAAAUCAAUUUUUAAAGGAAAAUGAAAAUGCUUUUUUAUAUUAUUUAAAUGGUAUUAUUUAUAAUAAAAAGAAGAAAUACAAACUUGCUCAAACAUCAUUAUAUGAAUCAUUAUGUUUAUUUCCUUAUAAUUGGGGAUGCUGGCAAGAACUAAUAGCAUCCUUAGCUACAUUCGAAGAGGCUGAUCAGUUUAUAACUCAUAUCAAAACUCUUGAUAAUCAAGAAUCUGCAUUAUCAAGAAGUAUUAUGUUUUUAUUUUUUGAAGUUGUAAUUUUACAAGAAUUUUAUCAUCAACUGGAAUUACUUUAUGAAAAUAUGAACUAUUUAAUAUCAAUCUUUCCUAAUUUUACAUUUUUAAAAAUUCAACAGUUUUUAGUUUCGUAUCAUGAACUUGACUAUUAUCAAGCGGAAUCCACUUUUGAUCAAAUUUUAUUAGAAGAUCCAUUAAGAUUAGAAGAUUUAGAUACAUAUUCAAAUAUGUUAUACGUUAUGGAAAAGAAAUCAAAGCUAUCCUACUUGGCUCAAUAUGCAUCUCUGAUAGAUAAAUUUAGACCAGAAACAUGUUGUAUACUAGCAAAUUUUUAUUCAAUGAAGAGUGAACACGAAAAGGCAAUUAUGUAUUAUAAAAGAGCAUUAACUUUAAAUAAAAAUUGCUUAAGUGCUUGGACUUUGAUGGGUCAUGAGUUUGUUGAAUUAAAAAAUUCUCAUGCUGCAAUUGAAUCAUAUCGAAGAGCAGUUGACACGAAUCCAAAAGAUUUUCGAGCUUGGUACGGAUUAGGUCAAGCUUAUGAAGUUCUAGAUAUGCACUUAUACGCAUUAUAUUACUAUCAAAAAGCAACCUAUUUACAACCUUUAGAUAAAAGAAUGUGGCAAGCGAUAGGUAAUUGUUAUGAAAAAAUAAAUCAAUUAGAUGAAGCUAUAAAAUCUUUUGAAAAAGCCCUUAGUAUUGGAAAAAUAUAUUAUGAUCAAGAGCAUAAUAAUAACCUCAAUACUGAAUUAGAAGAAUCAAAUUAUUCGGUAGAGCCACAUAUUUGUUAUAGAUUAGCUGUAUUACUGGAAAAAUUAGGUAACAAAUCCGAUACUUUAAAAUACAUGAAGCUAUGUUUUCAGCAAGAAUUUGAUUGGGGAAUCGGCGAUGAGACUGCUAAGGCAAGAUUAUGGCUAGCACGUUAUGCACUUGAAAAUAAAAAGUUCGAAGAAGCUUAUGAUUUAGCUAAAGAUUUGGCUCAUGGUAAUGCUCAUGAUAUCGAAGAGGCUAGAGCCAUAAGUCGGGAUGCAAGAAAUAGAAUGAAAUAG